GCGGUCGCCCGCGCUGCGCCGCAUGGCCUACUGGAGGCCUCCAGAACCUGCCUCAUUCCUUGCGAACGGCAGCUGGCGGCCGACUGCGCAUCUGGACCGCGCUCUUCCAGACUUCAACUGCGACCGUACACGCUUCCGUGGGCUUCGCCAUGACUUCGCCAGCUUUGCAGCCAGCCUACGCACCGACUCCUCCAAUGAGUUCGGACAUCGAUGGCGCCGUGGAGUCCACAGAUUGGCGCUUCGCCACGGUUUUGCACACGGGGGUCGGCCUGCUGCUGGGAACUUCUCCCAGGUGCAGCUCUUGAGAUCUUGUUCCCUCGGUGCCGCCACCUUGGCCGUCGCGGAGCUGGUGACCCUUGCACUGCGCUUGACCAGAUCCAACCGCACCGGCCUCUACCAGUUCCAGCUGGAGGACACGUUUAGGUCUGCCGCCAAAGCAGCGGUACAGGCUCUGCUAAAAGCAAUUCCAAAACCUUGGCUCUUUCUUUUCGUUCUGGCAGCCGUUCGCUGGCCAGUUCUGGACUUUUUCGCUUCCCUGGAGCGCUUCCUUCUUCGAGAAGGCCUUUGCCAAGGUCACGCUUACCCCUGGGCUUCCACCAUGCGAAGUCUUGCGGAGCUCCAGUGGCACGACAUCAGCGAACAACCCAAGUUCCUUCCUGCUGGUUCCACCGUUGCCUCCGAGCUGCUGCACAGGAGCUUCAGCAGCAGCAGCAUCGCCCAGCUGCGUGCAGCUUUGGAUCUUGGCCGCAGGUGCUUGCCACUGGCCUUGCAACAGGCCAUGGCCAUUGCAGCAGUCAGCCUCGAGAACGGCUUUGGAAGCUUUGAAACUGCUUUGCGCGACCCGGAGGCCUAUCACAUGAUGCUCGAAGAGCUGCUUCGGCAAGAGAUCUUCACCGAGGAGCUGGGCAGCCUCCUUUUGGAGUUGCCGUUCCGCAGCUUUCCGGUGUUUCAGCUCUGGUUAUACCUCCGCAUCUUGUCGACACACAGGUUUGAUCUGCCCCCGAUGACACGGGCGCAGCUGUCGCAAACCUUUGCGGUGUCUGUGCGCCCACGACCAAGUUCAGGACCGCAUCAUUCCUCCUCCGAUGCGUUUGCUGUGUUGGCGCGGAAGGCCCGGCAAAGAGGCCAGCGCCGAGUCGCCAUCGCCUCUAUGUCUUGGGGGCCGGAGACUGCCAGAAGGCUUCAGCUGUGGCUGUUGGUAGUGCAGCAGGCAAGACGGUGA